AUGGUUGAGGAAGCUAGGGUGAUAAAGUUCGAACGACUCUCUGCUCUAGUCCGUGAAGAGGUGCUGGAAGCUGCUGAGCGAGGACUUCCUUUGAAUUAUGGCGUCAUCCGACACAUUGCCCUUCGCAUAAAUUUGGAGCACAAACUUAUCGAUGAUUUCCGAGCUUCCAAGUCAUGGGUUGCCAAGUUUGUGCGGCAGUGCUGCUCGAGAAAGGUGACGCACUUCGUCACUUCAAAGAGCCUCCGUUGUCGACAUGAUGUCGAAGCGGAAGCCGAGGCUUUCGUGAAGGCUGUACGGGAAGAGAUGAAAAAAUAUCCCAGAUCUGCGUUUCGCCAACGCAGAUCAGACAGCUGUGAACAAGGAGCUCCGGUCGGGUCCAAGCAAGUGAUGAGACUGGUCCAUUCAGUCUCAUCACUUACGCACUCAUUCACGGCCAUGCCUGUGAUCUAUGCCGACGGUCGACUCGGAGAAAAACUGCUAGUAAUCCUCCCCGAAAGGGGUGGAGUCUUCCCUCAGUGUGGACAUUGGCAGGCACCCAACCUGCUGGUGAUGGCAGGGAAGACACACAUAAUGACAAAGGCGCAGGUACCAACUUUCGUCGAGGAGUGUGUGGUCGGGUCGUCUUCCCCUCCACUGACUAUACUCCUAGUCGAUAGUUGGAGUGGAUUCACGGACCACUCCAAUGUGCUGUCAAAGGUGCCUGAUGGGAAGGAAGUGCGAUUAAUGACCAUACCAGCGGGAGCAACAGCCCUUUGUCAGCCAUUGGAUGUGUACUUCUUCCGUGUAUUCAAGCGCUACAUCCGUCGCAUAUACGAUCAUGUAGCGCACCAUCACCCUGACUUCACCUACAACAGGGACAACAUCCUCAAAGUCUCGGCAUGGCUGACGAAGACAAACGGAGAAGGCCGAGGAUGGAAGAGCAGUCCGGCUCUAAUGCAGCAAAGGCGAACUACGAGAAUGGUGAAAGCAUGGCUGUUGCGUUGCUGCAUCACCAUAGCUGAUUGCCCAUUUGGUACCCGCUUGGGUACAACAGAUGAACAAAAUUCCAUUUCAACUAUUUCCGAAAUCCCUCGAGUUGUGGUGACUGUGGCAGGAGAUGUCAAAGAUGAUCGGCCCAAGUCUUCGUGUCUUUCGCUAAUGUACAAUUUCUCUGAACAGGAGCAAGAGCGAUCGCUGUCAUCUAGAUGUUCGUUCAGUCUUGAUUUGGAUCAGACCACUGCUACAGAAAUCCCGUUGCAUUCGCUGAGUCUCGAUUCUUGUUAG